CAACUUUAUACUCUAAAAUGGGCUUGCCUGCAAAUGCAAUUAAUAGUACCACCAUAGAAUUACAGUGGGUUUCUUCCAUUUUCUCACUUUUCUUUUGAACACAGACACAAAUUCCUCUAUCUCCUUCAAAAAAGUAGCCUAAUCAAGCAGAGAGCGGUGACUGUGAGUGCUCUCACUUUUCUAAUCCUUUAUUCCCUCUUUCUUUUCCAAACCCAUUUUUAUUAUCGCUUACUUUUUGGCCUUUGCAUUCUUGGAAAUCCUUUUUUCCCCAAAAAAAUCGAACUGGGUCUGCUUCAAAAGCUUCGCCUCUCACUCUUGGUUACCUGGUCACUCACCUUUUAGCUCAAAACCUUGUCGUUUCUCAGAUCCCUUCAUUCCAGCUGGAUGUGAAGCUUCAGAGCCACAUUUUACUGAAAAUGCUGUCCGGUUCAGCUUCUGGUGGCAUGGCUUCUAUUGAGCUUCUUUGCACCCAUUCCACUGGUGCCACUUUCUUCUUUUUCUUCUUCAGGUAAAUAGCAGGGCCAGAACUGAUCUUUGUUGUCACUUUUGAAGUUACUCUCUUCAAGCAUCCUGUGUUAAGUAAUUGUUCCAAAUGAAGUUCUGUUCAGCACCAGUGGUUCUUCUGCUUUUUGUCACUAUUAAUCUACUUCACCUUGCCAUUGCUGACCUGAAAUCCGAUAAGCAAGCUCUUCUUGACUUUGCAUCUUCUGUUCCACAUCGUCGGAGUCUCAACUGGAACGAUACUACACCCAUAUGUACAUCUUGGGUUGGCAUUACUUGCAGUGCAGAUGGAACUCAUGUGCUUACCCUUCGACUACCAGGGAUUGGACUUGUAGGUUCGAUCCCUCCUAAAACUCUAGGGAAACUUGAUGGCCUCAAGGUUCUUAGCCUCCGCUCCAACCUCCUUAGCGGAAAAAUCCCUUCCGAUAUUACCUCGCUUCCUUCUCUCCAAUAUCUCUUUCUUCAACGUAAUAACUUAUCCGGUGACGUUCCUACCUCCUUUUCUCCCACUCUUAAUGUAUUGGAUCUAUCAUUCAAUUCACUAGAAGGAAAUAUUCCAAAGACUAUUCAAAAUUUGACACAACUAACUGGACUGAAUCUCCAGAACAACAAUCUUUCUGGUCCUAUACCAAAUAUCAACCUCCCUAAGCUCAAGCAUUUCAAUAUAAGUUAUAACGAUCUUAAUGGUUCUAUCCCAACUUUUCUUAAAACGUUCCCAAAUUCAUCCUUCAUUGGAAAUUCUCUAUUAUGUGGACUGCCUCUUAAACCUUGUUCCUUAGUCCUAUCUCCAGCUCCUGAUGCUCCACCUGCCCCUGCUAUUUCUCAAAAGCAGAGCUCCAAGAAACUGAAGAUGGGAGUUAUCAUUGCCAUCGCAGUUGGUGGAUUUUUCCUUCUGUUUCUUGUAGUUCUUUUUGUGAUUCUCUGCUGCUUAAAGGAGAAGGACAGUGGAGGCACCGGCACGAGAAAAGGGAAGGUUUCUGGUGGUGGGAGAAGCGAAAAACCUAAAGAGGAGUUUGGAAGUGGUGUGCAGGAGCCUGAGAAAAACAAGCUGGUGUUUUUUGAAGGAUGUUCAUAUAAUUUUGAUCUUGAAGACCUAUUAAGGGCCUCAGCUGAAGUGCUUGGAAAGGGUAGCUAUGGAACGGCGUAUAAAGCUGUCCUGGAGGAACCGACCACUGUUGUGGUGAAAAGAUUGAAGGAAGUGGUGGUGGGGAAGAGGGAGUUUGAACAGCAGAUGGAGAUGGUGGGGGAGGUCGGGCAGCACCCGAACGUCAUGCCACUCCGAGCUUAUUAUUACUCGAAGGAUGAAAAGCUUCUUGUUUAUGAUUAUGUCCCAGGAGGCAGCUUGUCAUCGCUCCUGCACGGAAACAGAGGAGGGGAAAGAACUCCACUUGACUGGGACACAAGAGUGAAAAUCUGUCUUGGAACUGCAAAGGGAAUUGCUCAUAUUCAUACAGUGGGUGGUCCAAAAUUCACCCAUGGAAAUAUCAAGGCCUCAAAUGUCCUCCUAAAUCAAGAUGUCAAUGCUUGUGUCUCUGACUUUGGCCUCACCCCUCUUAUGAAUGUCCCGUCUUCUCGAACUGCAGGUUAUCGUGCGCCCGAGGUGAUUGAAGCUCGUAAACACACGCACAAGUCAGAUGUUUACAGCUUCGGUGUUCUUCUCCUCGAAAUGUUAACUGGAAAAGCUCCCCUCCAAUCCCCAGGUCGUGAUGAAAUGGUCGACCUACCUCGGUGGGUCCAAUCGGUAGUGAGGGAGGAAUGGACAGCUGAGGUGUUUGAUGUCGAGCUAAUGAGGUAUCAGAAUAUUGAAGAAGAGAUGGUGCAGAUGUUGCAAAUAGCAAUGACUUGUGUCGCGAAGGUGCCCGACAUGAGACCGAACAUGGACGACGUAGUUAGACUGAUCGAAGAAAUCCGGCAAUCUGACUCGGAGAACCGGCCGUCUUCUGAAGAGAACAAAUCCAAGGACUCAAAUGUGCAGACCCCAUGAAUUCUUUCAUUUAGAUUGUGUUUAGUUUCAUUAUUUGAGGAAGAAUUUGUCCAAAUUAGGAGGUAAGAUCAAUCAUUUUCUCUAAGUAAAUGCAUAAUAAUGUUUUCAAACAUUACCUCCAGACCUUUGGCAUGUGUGAGUUCGUAUUUUGUAGAGUGUAUCUCAUUCUUAAAUUUCUUUAGGAUUUGGAUGUGGACCAAUCAAACCUGCGCUUUGCUUUCAAUGAAUUACAUUUUUUUUUUCUAUUUA